UGUGAUCAGCUGUUCUCACACCUCACUCCCAAGUGUCAUCUUCUGUCAUCUGCAGACUUGAGCAGGACGAUGGAGAGCCUUCUCCUUGUGCGAGUCCUUCUGUUCCAGCUGCUGAUGGGCCCCUCGGCCUCCUAUGAUAAAAAGUGGAUCGGCUAUCCUCACAUUUUCCUAACGGAGGGUGAAACGGCUAACAUCACCUGCUCGACAGAGGGCUUUGCGGACGUCAGAUCUGUGCGGCUGAGGCGCAGUGUGGUCCGCCGUACGGAUGUAAUCGAUCUUCAGAGAAGCGGGAUCUUUCAUGCUUUACCCGAAUAUAAACAACGCUUGGAUUUCCACUGGUCUGUCACCGAAGUGAACAUUUUAAUCAAAAACGUGACCAUGAACGACAGCGACAUUUACUCCUGUCAGCUCCAAAAAGAGGCGUUUGACCAUUCUGAGUCAGAAAUGCUGGUCAUCGUGCUGUGCAAAGCUGUAGACGUCAUGCCUAAUAGUGUGUCAGAGCACAAUGCAGUAGAUCAAAGAGACGUUCUCAUUGUGCUGUUUGUUGCAUUUAUCAUCUGCAUCGUCUCCUGUGGACUCGCCUUCGUGUUAAAGAAAGUUUACUUGACCCUUAAGGGGAAGCCGAAGACGAGCUAUUCAGUGUAUGAAGAAAUGUCAGUGGUUAAAAACAUUCAGGUUCACUCGUAGGCUGGCUUUGUCCUAAAGGUGAUGGAGACGCAUGGCUUGGCAUCAUCCAUCCCAGAAAUAACUGAGAAGACACUGGAACGGUGUGUGUCGCCGCCUAUGGAGACGCUGCCGUGAAAACCUUUCCUGCUUUCUUGAUCAGCAGCGCUUUGAGCGACGCAGGACACGCAGUCUGAAGUCAAUCCGAACGCGACGUCACGUCUGACACCAGCGGUCAUUUGGAGUCGCUUGAUGUGCGGCCGUGUUGUGUCCUUCAUUUCCUUCUGCAGUUUACUGAAAGAUCCAGCGAUGAAAGUGUCGGCCGCUGCUCACAUAACUGCUUGAUUUUAAAGUGUUAAGUAACUGCGUAAUUGUAGGAAAGUCGCGCACACAUCGGCUUUUUGCUUACCUUUGCUUUGUGUUGAGCGUACAAUAUAUAAAGUAGAUCACGGGUAGGGUUUCGUUUUUAAGGCAAUACACUGUAUAUAUACUGUAUAUAGAUAUUGUGGUCACCAGGGGGUGCUGCAGCUCCCCAAACACCUGAAACAAACAGGCUUGGAGGCACGUGCUCUUUUCAAAGGGUGUUAUUACGUGUGAAGCCCUUACAGCGGUAAUUGUUUCCCACAGCACAAUCUCGGUUUCUCACAAUUAGCGACCCGCAACUCUCUUGUCUCUCUCCUUUGCUCCUUACAGCAAGCUUUGUCCCCAUCCUCCUAGAAUAAAGUGGGGCUGCUCCUUUUAUACAAAACCCCAGAGUACUUCCUGUGAGGCUGGAGCCCAACCCAGUAGGGCUGACUUGUCCCCCUAAGGGUCUUCUGCACCCCCUGGCGGCCCCCACCUAGCCCAACAUGGUUGAGCCACAGAACUUCAGUUCUCAAGGUGCCGUAUGGUGCAAUUUUAAAUCGUUUCCCACCAAUGUACAGUCUUCAGUCUUCUCUUUUCCUCUGUCUCUCUCUCGUCUUUACUCCUCCAGCAGGUUUAAUCAACCGCAUGACUCUAGCUCUUCCUUGUGAGGCAGGUAGCUCCUUUAAUCCAUCCAUUAUCCAACCUGCUAUAUCCUAACUACAUGGUCAUGGGGGUCUGC